ACACAAGAAGGAAAGGAAAUUUCUAGUUCAGCAGGCAACCCUGUAAGAUGGAACUGCUGUCACUGUGAGUAACUAAAUAGCUCAUGAUUCUCUGAAGACCUGGACCUGGGCCUGCUCAGGCCGGAGAAGACACAGCCAGGACCCAGGCCUGCUCAGGACAGAGAAGACACGAUCAGAGCCCUGAGGUUUGUUUGUUUUUGUUUUUUGUUUUUUUUUAAUUACUGAACUCAACCUUCUCCCUCAAGAUGACAAACAGUUCAACGUUCUGUCCAGUUUACAGAGAUCUGGAACCAUUUACAUAUUUUUUUUAUUUAGUUUUCCUCAUUGGAAUUAUUGGAAGCUGCUUUGCAACGUGGGCUUUUAUACAGAAAACCACGAAUCACAGAUGUGUAAGCAUAUACUUAAUUAAUUUGCUUACAGCUGAUUUCCUGCUCACUCUGGCUUUACCAGUAAAGAUAGUGGUUGACUUGGGUGUGGCACCCUGGAAGCUAAGGAUAUUCCACUGCCAAGUGACAGCCUGCCUCAUCUACAUCAAUAUGUACUUAUCGAUCAUCUUCUUGGCCUUUGUCAGUAUCGAUCGCUGUCUCCAAUUAACACACAGCUGCAAGGUAUACCGAAUACAAGAACCUGGGUUUGCCAAAAUGAUAUCGACUGUCGUGUGGCUCAUGGUCCUGCUUAUAAUGGUGCCGAACAUGGUAAUUCCUAUCAAGGACAUCGAAGAAAAGCCAAAUGUAGGUUGCAUGGAGUUUAAAAAAGAGUUUGGAAGAAACUGGCAUCUGCUAACAAACUUCAUAUGUGUGGCAAUAUUUUUAAAUUUCUCAGCCAUCAUUUUGAUAUCCAACUUCCUUGUAAUCAGACAACUCUAUAGAAAUAGAGACAGCACAAACUACCCAAGCGUGAAAUCAGCUCUGCUCAACAUUCUCUUGGUGACAGCUAGUUACGUCAUAUGCUUCGUUCCUUACCACGCUGUCAGGAUCCCAUACACCCUCAGCCAGACAGAGGUCAUAUCUGACUGCUCAACUAGGAUUGCACUCUUCAAAGCCAAAGAGGCCACACUGCUGCUGGCUGUGUCCAAUUUGUGUUUUGAUCCAAUCCUGUACUACCAUCUGUCGAAAGCAUUCCGAUUAAAGGUCUCGGAGACUUUCUCCUCACCUAAAAAGACCAAGGCUCGGGAAGAAAGAUCGAGAACUGAGAAUGGUGUAUAGCAUGCAGGCUUCACUUGUUAGUCCUUCUUCCCGACGGGACCAUAAUUACAGCUGCUCACAUUUCUCAAAGACACAAGAAGAUGCUAAGAUAGACGACGCUUAGGGAUAAAGCCCCCAUAGCUAGCAAACAGGGACCGGUUCAGGCGGGAAGUCCUUUCCUCAACACAAGCCAACCCUGCACUCUCACCAUUACAGAUGUUCUUUAUCCCAAAUACCUGUACAGGGAAACUAACAAAGCCUAUUGAGCCAAGGUCAACUGGAAUGAUCAAGCUGAGAACAGCCGUGGCAAAGACUCAGAGGUUCACUUCAAUGCCUGCAACUGACUUGUUGAUGAAAAUAUAUUGAGUAAUCUACAUCUAAGUUGCCAGGAAGCCCUUCAGCGAUACCUUAAAGGUCUCCAGUGACCAAGAAAAAUAAAAGCAUCCAAAUACCUGCAUCAUUUUUAUUUAUAACUAUUACUUUGAAAGGUAAUAAAUGCUCUCUAUUCAA